GCAAAAAUUUUACAUACCCAUUGUGCCGACGGUGCGCUCACGUAUUAGGCAACUCUUAACAUCAACGUUCCUUUCGAAACCGCUGAUCUCGCUUGCCCCGGUAGCCCAAAGCCCUCCUGUUAAGUCCUCACUAGAUGUCCGGGGUUCGGCAACUGUCAGUCAACCUAUCAUAUUUACCAGGACGCUACCGUGAUCAAACGGGCACCACCUGGUGCGAAAUUAAUUGUUCCCUGUCAAGGCAACUCCACUGGCAGCGGCAUCUUCUAUCAUAGCAAUUUUUUUGGUCCCUUGACGUCACUCACAAAACAAGGAGGUCUGUUAGACGCGAGAGUAUAUAAGAUGGGUCACCAAACGUCUGUUCACUAGCAUCUUCAGCCUCUCUUAGCUCCAGCAGCCUUUCGUAUCUAACCCACCCUUUCACAUCUACCCUCACCACAAUCUUGAACGAAAUAAUCAUGUCGUCUCAAAACGUCCACACAUUCUUCGUCGACGCUGUCCUGUUCGACAUGGACGGUACCCUCACAGACUCUAUUGCAGCUGUCGAGGCAGCCUGGGGUAAAGUCGCCAAAGACAUCGGUCAAGAUCCCGCUUACGUUAUCGCUGCAACCCACGGCAAGCGCGCCGUCGACAACCUCGCUCAAUUUAAGCCCCAUAUCAAGGCACAUGAGAUGGACGAUGAGGUAGAAAAUUUCGAGAAGAGCAUUCUCUUCUUCGCCGACGCGUAUAACAUGCACGGACCUGGCUCGCAGCUCAACUCACCUGCGAGCUCCCCUUCCUUGAAUUCCCCUCUUAGCUCCGGUUAUGCAACCCCUGAUCUUUCCUUCUCGCCAAGCAAUUCUGCCCCUUCUUCUCGUGCAUCUUCAUUCGUCUCGCCUCGUCGGCCAUCAUUUGCCAGCAAGCUGAAUAACAUGCUGACUAUGUCGGUCGUACCCGAAGCUUCUGUUUACGGUCAGGGUCCCCAAUUCGAAGACUCUAUCAUGGAGGAAGAUCAACAGGACAUCAUCAUGUUCGAGGCAAAUCAGAAGAAACACGUCCUUGAGGCUUGGCAACAGGAAGCCGCGAGUGUUGAUCGUUCAGUGCGGAUUUUGCCCGGUGUCAAGAGGAUGAUGAGUUCCAUUCCUGAAGGUCGUUACGCUGUCGCCACUUCAGGUGCAAAAACAUAUGCAUAUGGUUGCAUGACUCGCGUUGGCAUUACCCCGCCCAAGGUGACCAUCACAGCAGACGACAAGCGUCUCAAGGCUGGCAAACCUGCCCCAGACCCAUUUCUCCUUGCUGCUAGCGAACUCGGUUUUUCUGCGAAAAACUGUGUUGUGUUCGAGGAUUCCCCAAGUGGGAUCCGCGCAGGUGUGGCUAGCGGUGCCACUGUCAUCGCUGUGUGCACCAGCCAUGAGAGGAAGCAGAUCGAGCACGUUGGCGCCCACUUUGUAGUGGACAACAUGGAGAAAGUAAAAUGCGAGCCUUGUGCGGACGGCAGACUCAAGUUCACCGUUCAGCUAUGAUCGUUCCUGGACUCUGUAUGUAUCACUAUCUUAACUUUCCUUCGGUGGAAAGGCCGCGCUAGAUCCAUUUUCAUGUCCCCUUUUUUAUUUUCAUCUUUACGACACGAUUCCUGUUCAGAUCUGCACUGCACUUCGGGUGCUUGUACACAUACAGAGGACAUGUAAUUUCGAAUAGCAUUCUCAAUCUAGCGGCGCUGCGCGUCUGACUCGACGAUAAA